AUGCUCAAGCACCUCGUCACGUGGGCGCUCGUGCUGGCGACGGCCGUCGUGAGCAGCGCCAAGAUGGAAGCGCUCUCGUUCGGCGGGCCCUUUGACAAGAUCGACGCCAACGGCCAGCGCUACGUGAACGGCACGUGGAUCCACGGCGGCUCGACCGAGGUCAAGAAGGGCUUCGUACGCCUGACGCCGGACCGGCAGAGCAAGAAGGGCUAUCUCUGGAACAACUGGUUUGGCGAUGGCAUUGGUCUCUGGAUCACGACGAGCCAAAACUACGUGUUUGGCGACAACCACGGCUUCACGGCCGACUUUACCGGCAUUGGCAUCAUCCUCGACACGUUUGCGAACCCGGAGCACAAGGGCGGCCACAAGGACGUGUCGAUCCAGAUCAACGAUGGCACCAAGACCCUCGACAUGCUCAACGACGAGACCAAGAUCGGCUGCGACGCGGCCGUGCGCUACUACGAGGAGAGCGCGUCGUUCAACCCGGUCCACAGCGCGGGUCGCCUCAAGGUCAAGAUUGACCAGAACCGCCUGCGCGUCGAUGUGGAUGCGACCAACCAGGGCGCGUGGACGCGCUGCUACGAAGGCGAGCUGCCGCUGCCGGCGGGCUGGCUGUCGCGCUCGACGAUCGGCGUGUCGGCGGCGACGGGCGGCGUCGCCGACAACCACGAUGUGCUGCAGCUGGCGUCGUACGAGAUGCCGGACGACCCGGCCAUGUCGCAGGCCGACUCGGACACGCUCAUGCACAACCUCUCGAAGGACUACAAGAAGUGGCUCACGGAUCCGUCGUGCCAGACGGACUGCAAGAUUGCGGUGUUGACCAAGGAGAUUGACAACUUUCGCCUCGAGUCGGAGCACAAGCUCACGGACCUCAAGGAGAAAACCGCCAACACGAUCGCCAAGCUUCGCGCGCAGGAGCAGGCCAACGAAGACCGCAUCCAGACCAUUUACCAGAAGAUCACGAGCAUCGUCGAUAGCUCUCUCGACCGCCGCGUGGCCGACCACGCCAACCACGUCAAGGCCAAGAUCGACGAGAAAGUCAAGAACGCGCCGACGGACGGCAGCUGGAAGGGCCCGUUCGUCAUCCUCAUCGUCGUGCUCGGCGCGGGCGGCGCGCUCGGCUAUAAAAAGUACCAGGAGCUGCGCAAGAGCCAUUUGCUUUAGACACUAAGGACUACCCUUCUCUACACUCUUUUACACUUGAUCGUCUUGGAUACCGAU